CUCUCGGACAAGAGCCAGUUUAGAAACGGGAAAGACAGCGCCUCCUGCAAACAUGACUGCCAAGCUGACUGUGGCUUUCCUGGCAGCUGUCAUGCUCGCUGCAGCUCUGUGUGAAGCUGCAAUUCAGCCAAGAACUAGUACAGAACUUCGAUGCCAGUGCAUAAAUAUGCACUCCAAAUUUUUCCCUCCCAAGUAUAUUAAAGAACUGAGAGUGAUUGAGAGUGGACCACACUGUGAACAUUCAGAAGUCAUUGUCAAGCUCACUAAUGGAAAAGCUGUUUGUCUGGACCCCAAGGAAAAGUGGGUGCAGUUCGUUGUACAGCAAUUUUUGAAGAGAGCUGAGAAACAAAGUUCAUGAAAAAAAAAAUGCAUUCGCCAUGGUUUCCAAGAAUUCCCAACUAACAAUGCCAAUGAAAUUUCAAACACAUCUACUUCAACUUUCUGUGCGCUAUGUGGGGCUGGUUAGGGUUGCCAGAUAUAAUACAGGAUGCCCACAUGGGAAUUUCAGUAAAAUAAAGA